UUGAAAAAAAAAUAAAAUCAUUUUUAAUAAUAAUUAGUGUGCACAAAAAUUCAUUAUCAUUGUUCAAAAGCAGAAAAAAAUAAUUAAACUGAAUUUUCUGUAAAAAUUGAACUCGUAAAAAUAAAAAUCGCGAAAAAAAAUUUUGAAAAAAUGUCUGCCUGACGCGGGAAUCGAACCCACACCUCUUGCACGGCGAUCCGUUACCACAGCCAAGCGUCUACCGGAGCAGGUUGCAGAAAUGCGUUUUUUAACGAUUUACAUGUUGCAAAACACCGUCGAAAACUACCCCCCCCCACGCGCGCGCACGUAUACGCGUACGUACGUACGUGUACACGCGUACGCGUAUAUAGAAAAGUUACGGUCAUGACUUUCUACGCGAAUAUAUCGAUUAAAAACGACACAUUUAUCACACUCCUCCUUAAAUUUAACCCAUCCAAUGGGGAAAUUUAGAAAACAUCGAGCGUAUUAAAAUUCUAACGGUGAAAGCUCAAAAACAACAAAAACAAAACUACAAACACAGCAAAAAGAUAAAUAUUUACGAGCUUUCACUUUUUAAUCGAUCAAUUAAACUAAUUAAAUUAAUAAACACUCGAAUUAAAACCAACACUUUUCAAUGAAACGCGAUUAAAAACUAAUAUCGAACAAAUACAAGGCAAAAGCCAUUAUGCUGCGAAACACUGAUGCAGAUCUUUCGACGCAAAACAAACAGCAAAAAGAUGAAAUUUUUUCAAACUACCGAACCGGAUUAAAUACAGGUAAAUAAAAAUUAAAAACAGAUUAAAUAAUCAUUAAAUUAAUUAAAACAUAUACAUAAUAGUAUAGAAUAUAAAAUAAACAUAAAACACACUAAAACAAUUGAUAUAACACGAUGAAUAAUUUCAGAUAUUAAACCAGCACGUAUAUUCGCCUUCGGCGAGAUGAUAAAAUAAGAAUAAACGACACAGAAAUAAAAAUGCACGAUAAAAACAUCUAUCAAAACUGUUUACAGAGCGACCAGGUCAACUGCAAGAAAGAGAAACUACCGAACCAAAGACACUACGAAGGGAACAGGUCAUCGACGAGGAUUGACAUGAGCAGAUCUUUCAACUUCGAACCAGCUUCCUUAGUUAAAUGGUACGAGACAUCGAUGUGUCGAGUUUUUCGAGAUUCCAUCGGAUUAUGGACGAUAUUCAUCGCCGAAUUACUAUCACCGGCGAGCAAUGUGGUCUCUAAGACAAAGCCGAGUGACUUCAAAAGAUUUCUUUGGGCUCGAAUUUCGACGACGGCUUCGGCGGAACUACGGACGACACACCGCUGUUUUCUAGACUUCCACUGUAUGGCGCAGCCAUACAAGAAUACGAUGAAACCAGACGUUGAGACUCUAUCAGCUUUAUCACCGGCGUGAUCAGAAUCACUAUACACGGCAAGAACCAACGACGCUGAGGGCUUAGAUUGGUAACGAGAGACCAAAUUAACCGAGUACGAGAUAUCUGGACGUGUCCAAAUCGAAAUAUAGGAAACCCCAUUGGGUGAAAAUCUGCCCAUCCGCUGAAAAAGACGCCAAAACCAGCUGGUUUAUUGACGUAUUCUGAAUAUACGCAUGAAAAAGCGUUGUUCAGAAAGCGAAUUGGUGCACUGAAAGAAAAAUCUGCCAAAAAAUACGCUACAUGAAUAUUUCGUAGCGUAUUUUUCUCGCGUAAGGCCACAACGCGUUCAAAUUACGGGCGUCUUUUUCGCGUUGAAAAAAACCAACUACAAAAUACGCUACGAGUAUGUUUUUUGGCGUAAUUCUUUCGCGUAUUUAAUAAACACACGCGUAAAUGCGGUAUUUUACGCGUGUGUUUUCGCGUAGUAUAGGAAUAUUUGCAUUCAAUUAAAUACAUGCUGUGGUGGUCAGGUUAGUAGAGAAGUCGCCCACCGAUCCGGAGACCCAAGAUCGAUCCCCGACAGUGCCAAAAAAUUUUUCGUGAAUGUCGAACAUUGGCAGAAUUUAUCGCGUAAAAAAAUACGCGCGCGGAUUAAUGAGCAGAAAACUAUUGGCGGAAAGUGUUGCGAUUCCUGCCGCGUUUUUUUGUCGCGUAUGAUCGGCAGAUUUUCACCCAAUGGGGAAGACACCCAAUCAUCGACCUACACAAGGUCUCCAAUUUCGGAUCGAUUUGUAUGUUGGGAUCCAUGAAUGAAAUAUCCUCAACGGGCUUUUUAACACUGUCAGCGUCAGAUAAACCGAACUUAUCGCAUACCAUAGCGAUGUACUCCGUCUGAUCGAGGCGACAACCUGAGACCAUACAACAACCGCCAGAGCAGGGCUGUUAGACACGAAACGUAAACGUUUUGUUUCGUUUCGGUUGAGCUCUUUGAACCAAACUGUUUCGUUAUACCAUUUCGUUUCGUUCCAUAAAAGUGGUAUCAUUUCGUUUCGUGCCGUUUUGUGUCGUUUCGUUUUGUUUUGAUUCCUUUCAGCCAAAAAAGUGAGAAAAGCGGACAUUUUAUUAAUAAAUGAAGAAGAGAACCCCUCUAAAGGCUCUAAAUGGAUGAAAUUUGAGUGAAUUUGACAAAAUUUGGCCAAAAUUUACAAAAAAACUUGCAAUGAAAAAUCAAAAAUUGAAGAAAUAGAAAUGAUUUGUUUCGUUAUAACGUUUCGUUUCGUGUAAUUUUUUUGAUUCGUUUCGUUUCGUGUCUCAUUUCGUGUCCAGAGGGAAAAUUUUCCGUUUCGUUUUGUGUCUUUCGUUUCGUUUCGUUUCGUAUUAACAGCCCUGCGCCAGAGUUCCAUCACCGGAUCUUUCAGCCGACCAAAAUACUGGAAACCCUUUGGAAAAUUUACAUACACUCGGAAGGCAAUUUACCGUACAAAAAUUCGCCAGUAAUAUCACAGUGGCGUAAUUGCCAAUUGAAACGAAUAGCCAAGGCAAUCAAUGCCCAAACGACGUCGACUUAAACGACCGGUCGUUCGACGAUUUUAUAUGUCUGCAUACGUUGAAGCAUCGACAAUUCGGCCGCCAUGGCCUCCUUCCAUUUCUCGCUAUCCUUACCAGAGAUUGCCUCUUCGUAUGUCACCUGCGGAACGCACGUCGCCAUCAUCGCCGCGUCACUCAGACGUUCGUAUUCUUCGGUGAGAUAUUCUUCGGUAACGUUGAUACGUUCGACGAAAUCAGCGUGAACGAUGGACUCAUCGACCUUUACAUGGUUCGCCGGAAUAACUUCGUUGGUGUGAUGAACGACCGGACCAAGCAACCGAACAAACGAAUCAGCUGCCAAUCAACAGGCUUGUUAUUCCAAAGCUCGUACGGGAUUUCACCACCGAUAGCUCGACUGGGCGACACUGUCGCGCAAGAUGACUGGGUUUAUGACAAUAAUGGCAGGUAGGACGCGUAUCACCGGCAGCCGACAUUGCAGAAGAUCUCGGCGUAGCAGAAGACGACGACAAUGUAGACGGAGAAUUGGUACGGAACGCUUCGAUGAUUGCUUCUCUAAUUCCAACGGUGCUACCGUUCAUCAGCAUCGACAUACGUGCAGAUAUUUGAAUAUUGUUACCAUCAGCGUUCUUUGGUAGCCCGUUCAACAGCCAAGCAGCUUCAUCUGUCUCACCAGUAUCAUUACACAGUUUUCGAACCAUAUCGCAAUAUUCUUGCGGUGUCUUGAAGUGGCCUAAUUGAAUAUUUGCUAGGUGAAGCUUGGCGGCGCAUUUCUGGGCGGCAGUCUUUGUGCCAUAACGUUCUUCGAGCGCUUUCAGUAUCGCAAACGGCGUCGUCUGCGUGAACAUUUGGGCUAGCUGCUGACUCAUCAUUGAAUAUAUGGUAUCGAUACGAGCGUCUGGAGUCUGACAUUACACAAAACCUAUCCGCCAAUCAGAAUCUGUUAGGGAGGAGUUUCUCGUUAUCACUUUUGAAUAUCAUAUUAUCAGAUGCUAACGAACUCAAUUUUGAAAAAAAAACAUCAAAAAUGUAAAAUUUCUAUGAUGAAAUAGAUGAAUAAAUAAAAUUAAUAUACUUCCAUCAAUUCAAAUGUCGCUUUGAAAAUGAAAAAAAGUAAAAACAUGUCCAAAUUGACUUGGUAAUUGGUAAGAUCACUAAGAUCGUUGAUUUUCAUGUGUGUGUUGUGAUGUUACUGAUUAUUAAAAGAAUACGUAAUGAAAACGG